CAUUUCCUUCAGGGUAUAAAGCUGAGAAUACAGAGGGGAGGCUCAGAGUUUCACCUCAUUGCCUCAUUCUCGCUUCCAUGUGAACAUCCUGCAACAUUUCCUUCAUCCUGCCUCACCUCUCACCUGGCCAGCACUGUCCGGACCAUGUCCACUAAGCUCCUGCCAGUUUUCUUCCUCCUUUCAGUGUUCCACGCCUGUUCUAGGAAGGUUGAAGAGGAUGAAUAUGAAGAUGGAACAACUAACCAAAAAUGGGUUUUAGCUCCAAAAACACAAGACACAGAUGUGACUCUCAUACUAAACAAGCUCUUGAGAGAGUACGACAAAAAGCUACGGCCAGAUAUUGGAAUAAAACCAACAGUUAUUGAUGUUGACAUUUACGUCAACAGCAUUGGUCCUGUAUCAUCAAUAAAUAUGGAAUAUCAAAUUGAUGUAUUUUUUGCCCAGACGUGGACAGAUAGCCGUCUUCGCUUCAACAGCACCAUGAAAAUACUGACUCUGAACAGCAACAUGGUUGGCUUGAUCUGGAUCCCAGACACGAUAUUUCGUAACUCGAAGACAGCAGAGGCUCACUGGAUCACCACCCCUAACCAGCUCCUCCGCAUAUGGAAUGAUGGCAAGAUCUUGUACACUCUCAGGCUUACCAUCAAUGCUGAGUGCCAGCUGCAGCUGCACAACUUCCCAAUGGAUGAACACUCAUGUCCUCUGAUAUUCUCUAGCUAUGGCUACCCUAAAGAGGAAAUGAUUUACAGAUGGAGGAAAAACUCAGUGGAGGCUGCUGACCAGAAAUCUUGGAGACUCUAUCAGUUUGACUUUAUGGGUCUCAGAAAUACUUCAGAAAUUGUGAAAACCUCUGCAGGUGAUUAUGUAGUCAUGACUAUAUACUUCGACUUAAGUAGAAGAAUGGGAUACUUUACUAUUCAAACAUACAUUCCCUGUAUAUUAACAGUUGUUCUUUCCUGGGUAUCCUUUUGGAUCAAAAAAGAUGCCACACCAGCAAGAACAGCAUUAGGCAUCACUACAGUAUUGACCAUGACAACUUUGAGUACCAUUGCAAGAAAGUCGUUACCCCGUGUCUCCUAUGUCACCGCUAUGGAUUUGUUUGUGACUGUAUGCUUUCUAUUUGUCUUUGCUGCUCUGAUGGAGUAUGCCACGCUCAACUACUACUCAAGUUGCAGGAAACCAAGCUGUACUAAGAAGAAAAAGUCGCUACCUGAUGUAAGUUUUGGUCAUGUGAUGAAUUAUUCUGUACUUGAUAUGAGACCACCAACUACAGUCAUCACAUUGAACAAUGCCAUGUAUUGGCAAGAAUUUGAAGAUGCCUGUGUCUAUGAAUGUCUGGAUGGGAAAGACUGUCAGAGCUUUUUCUGUUGUUAUGAAGAGUGCAAAUCAGGCUCAUGGAGGAGAGGACGAAUUCACAUAGACAUCUUAGAACUGGACUCUUACUCCAGGGUCUUUUUUCCUACAUCCUUCCUGCUGUUUAACCUGGUCUACUGGGUUGGAUACCUCUAUCUUUAAAUGUUGCCUGUAGCGGUGAAGACUGCUGUGUUUUCUCACUGUGGAGGGAUGGUGAAAGUGCAGACAAAAUGAAGGACAUGGUCAGUUUCAUCUCAAAUUAUAAAGACAUUAACCUUCACCUUCUUCAUCACCAUCACAGAGCCUGAUGAAGAAUUUUAAUAUGUCAUUUCCUGAAAAAGAAAAACGUGGAAGAAUUCUCUCCAAACUGCUAUUCAUUUAAAGGAAAAAAUUCUUACAAAAUUCAGCUGAAUUUGUAGUGUAAGUGAUGGUUAUGAACAAUUAAUGUAUAUUAGAAUCUCUACUAUUCUCCCUUGGCAUAGAAGCUAUUCACAAUUCAGGCAGAGAAUAAAUAUGUAAUUUUUAUUUUUCAUUCCCAUACUUUCUUCAAAUUGCUGUCAUAUCUCUGAGGCUCAGAGCAAUGUACACUGGUACUGGUAAGUAAGCCAAAGCCAACAAAACAACUAAUUUUUAUUUAAAUUUACUUGAGCUUUAUCCCGUAGGCUUUGGGAAAUAUUUCAUUAGUGAUCUCCUUGAUACAGAGUAGAAGAUAGCAGAGAAAUGUCUCUGGUGGGAUCAAAACAUGAACAUUACUUUCUGCAAAGGUCUGGGAUUUGUGGAAUCAGCCUACACAUAUUGAUUUUAACUUACAGGUGAAAAGGCAGAGUGGUAAGAAAGCUAUUAUUUUGAUAUAAAUAAGACUUGCCUAUCUCUGAGGCAGCUGUAGGCAUAACUUCUACAGUUUUUCAAGCUUUUAACUGUCUUUUUUAUGACUGGUUAAACACAGGAUUGUCACUGAUUCCUAAAGUACUCUACUUGAAGCAGGACAAGAUUCCUGCUUGUUUGUGUCAUUGUAGCAGGUCACAGUUGAUAGCCCACGAGUAAAAAUCACUAUAUACUAGCACCAGGAACAUGUGACUUUCUUUGGAUUUCAAUUUACUAAAAAGUGCACCUAUGCAUUUUUAUUUUUUCUCUCAAAGUUGUUUCACAAAAUUGAAAAGUGUGUGCCAAACGAUUUUUUUUUUUUGUUCAUUUAAUAAAGUUAAACACUGCAGUUUUUACUCAUGGCAGUUGUUCCCUGGGUCUGAGAUGAAGACCAAACACUUUUUACUUGAAUAGUGCAUUACAGGAACUCAAUUGUGACACUUGGAUUAAAUAAGGAAUAGUUACCAUGCAUAGAAGGAAGUUGCUUUCAUUCUUCUCCUAAAUUUUCAACUCUAUUUUACUGUAAAAAGCAAUUUUGUAUUUUUCAAGCUUUUGACCAUUAAAUUCUUGUUACCCAUUCUUU